AUGUCAGGUGUUGCUGAGCCUGACUGUUAUCUUACCUACGAUAUUACAUCCGAUACUUUGACGCUCUAUGUCCCUGAUUUCGACCUUAGGCGAGCAAUUUGGAUGGGCCCAACGCUUGGACUGGCAGAGGCUCGGGAAAGAUACAAUAUCGACCAAGCAAAGUAUCGUAGUACUCUCGAGCAGGAUAUUCUCGACUGGGCGAGCAGGCGCGCCAUUGGAUCCGUCAUAUAUGUGAUCCACGACAACCAGAAGCCAGUUGUGCCUUUCCCUUACCUGAAAUUUAACCAUGAGGACCUCAUCCCGGCAAUGGACACAUGCCGGGAAAUUAAGGAUGGACACGAAAUCGGCCUCAUCAGACGUGCUAAUGAGAUUUCGACGUCUGCCCACACCGAAAUCCUCCGGAACAUAUCCGGCAUGCGAAACGAAGCUGAAAUCCAAGGAAAGUUCUUGGACUCAUGCGUUUCGCUUGGGGCGAAGAACCAAUCGUAUGAAAUCAUAGCUGCCUCUGGUGAGAACGCCGCUGUCCUUCACUAUACUAGGAACGACGAGCCACUCAAGGGCCGCCAGCUUGUCUGCCUGGAUGCCGGCGCUGAAUGGAACUGCUAUGCGAGUGACGUGACUCGGACGUUUCCGAUGCAACCGCGCUGGCCUAGUGCAGAGGCCUUCAGCGUGUAUUCGGUGGUGCAACGGAUGCAGGAGGAAUGUAUCAAGCGUAUCAGCGAAGGGGUCAGAUAUCUGGACCUCCAUAUUCUUGCACAUAAGAUUGCAAUUGAGGAGUUGCUCCGGCUAGGCAUUUUCAGAGGCGGUUCCAUAGCAGAGAUUCUGAAAUCAGGCGCGUCGCUUGUCUUUUUCCCUCACGGACUGGGCCAUCAUGUGGGAUUGGAGGUUCAUGAUGUGUCAGGGAGAUCGCUCAUGGCGCUUGAAGAACAGGAAUACCAGGGUCUGCCGCUGCGUGGUUGCCGGGCGCCCUGUACACUCUCGGCUCCACACCUGAGAGCUGGCAUGGUCGUGACGGUGGAACCUGGGAUAUACUUUUCGCGCCUGGCGCUCGACGACGCAAAGCAGAAACCGUUGUCGAAAUACAUCGACAUGCAGCUGGUGGCCGAGUAUAUUCCGGUGGGCGGUGUUCGGAUUGAAGAUGACGUCCUGGUUACGAGGGACGGGUGGGAGAACCUGACCAGCGCGCCAAAGGGGAGGGCGAUGCUAGAUAUUAUCGGGGAGGGUGCCCGGUUACGUGCAUAG